AAAUUGAUCUUGAUGAGUUAAUUAAUGAAAGAAUGAAAUUCAAUAAAGAAUUAGAUAAAAUAGAGGCCAUUGAACGAGCCAUUAAGGCCUUAGAAAAAGAAGUAAUUAAAUAUAAAAAAGUUGAACUAAAAGAAAUCGAAAUUCAUUGCCAACAAAUUAAGAAAGAGUUAUCUCAGCAUCAAAAUGAUUUGCUUCUACUUACCGACACUGAUGAGGAAAAAGGGUUAUUAAAGGAAAAAAUAAUCGAUUUGAAAAAGGAGUUAAGGGAAGUUGAGCAAAAAAAUCAUGAUAUCAGCCAACAGUUAAUUAAAACCAACGUUGUUUUGUUCAGUCAGCAGAUUAAGAAUUUAAACUUGGGUUCCAAAGUUAAUCAAAGUUGGACUGCUACUUGUGAAUGUGCUAAAAAUUGUAUUUGUGAGGGGAAGUUGUCACGGGAAAUGGUAGAAAAUAAUAAUUCAAAAGGUAAGGUUAAAGAAGCAGAGAGCCAAGUAAAAGAUGAACAAUACGAAGAACAAAUUGAGGUUAGUCCUUAUCAAAAAAAGUAG